UAUAAUUUAUUUCUUCACCUUCAUCUUCAGAUCAGAAACCGGUAAUGACUUAUCCUCAUCGCAAAAGAAGAAACAUUUCCUUUGUAAAAGAGAUCGAAGACUGCUUGAACAAAGUUGGCGAAAAACAAGAAAAACCGGUUCGGAACAUAUCGGUUCGAAAAUAUUUCUAAUGGUUCUCACAACACAACCUGAUAUAAAAGCAAUAUUUGGCAUGGAAAAAAUACCUCAAGGCAGACUAAAGUAUGAUCCACGGUUUCGGCAACAUGCUGUAGUUUUCACAAAAACGUUUGAUUUCGUUAUCAAAAACAUUGAGUACACCGACAAAUUGGAAGCCCAUUUUGAGAGUCUGGGACGACGUCACGCAGCAAUGCAGGGACGUGGAUUUGAUCCAGCGUACUGGGAAACAUUUGCUGAGUGCAUGACUCAAGCCGCCGUUGAAUGGGAAGGAAAUCGGCAGCGACUAACACUGCGUGCGUGGCGAGCAUUGGUUGGUGUGUAG